UAUAAGACCUCAGAAUAUUGAAUUAAUCAUCAGUGGAAUUAUCCCAAUUACCUCCCUUAGAAGAAUGUUUACAUAGAGGGCGAUGUUUCAAUGGCUGCCAAUGUUGACAAACAGACGACACAUUGUCCAUUGCAGAAGUUUACUGGGGGGGAGUGUGGGUUUUCUGCUACAUUUGCCAGAGAAAAAGAAUAUGUGAAACUUUCUGAAUGUACCAAAAACAUUUCAAAUCAUUUAAAGUCUUGCAAGUUGCCAAGUGGCCACCAAUCGAAAUGGGAGGCAGAUGUAUCAAGUGAAGGACACCUCAUAUCAUACAGAUGUGGACUUUUCAGCUUUCAACCAGACUUGAAGGUGUGCCCUGUACAUAGGUACAAUUUAGGGUUGUUAUGGAAACCUGCAAGAUCUUGUGCCAAUCCAGAGCAUAAAGGAAGUAAGAAAGUGACUAAAGUGGUGAUAACCAAAUUGAGCAGAUAUUUAUUCAUCAGAGAAGGCAUCUUUAUUCCUGUUGGAGCAGGCUUAUGUAGUUCAUGCUUUAUAAUCUUAAAUGGAAAGUACAAUGAGGAGCAGAUAGAACUAGAAAAUGUCAGUCCAGACUGUAUUGAUAAAGAAGAUGUAGAAAGUUUAGACCAGGAAGCUUCAUAUUCACUAAGACCAAGGACACAGAAGGGUGAUCAUCAUUCUGAGUUAUUUGAUAUGGAUCAAUCUCAAUCAACAAUAGAAGAUUUUGAUUCUCAAGUGUCAAACUGGAGUGAUGCCUUAAGCAAGCCAUCAAUUGAAAGUUUAAAUGAGGCUUUACAAAUACUUGGAAAAGGAUCAAUCAGCCCUUUGAAAAGCCAGCUUAAAACUCCAAUAGAGGAUGCAAGCAGCAGGACAGUAAGGCUGUAUAAAAGAAAAGCAGUUCAAGGUAUUGAUGCAUUGAUUGAAUGUAUAGCACCAGGCCAAAGCAGUAAACUUUUCAAGCAUAUAACUUCACAAGUCAGUAACAAUGAAGAUACAGAUAGUCAGCUGACUCAAAUGAUUGUAAAGCUUUAUAACAGUUCCGAUAAAAAUAAUGAAAAGUUACAGCUACUCUCAAUGAUUGCAAAUAAAUACUCAAAAACACAACUGCAGAAUUUGAUACCUGGACUUACAGUAUGGCGUAUAGAUCAAGCCAGAAGGCAUUUUCAGUUUUAUAGUAAUGGGCCGGGCAGUUUCAGUGUAGAUGCAAAAGAAAAACUGCACAGAUUGAGAAUGGAUCCCGUUAAACUGGAACAUGCUUUGGAUUUUUUUUUUGAUCAUCAGUUUAUACAGGUGUCAUCAUUUGGAAUGAGAACAGUGAAACUAGAACAAGAGACUGUAUCUAUUCCGCAAGUCAUAAGAACCUCAUGUAACUCUGAGUUAGUCAAUAUGUAUAUAACCAUUUGCAAGGAGCAAGACUUCUCUCCACUGUCUUCUUCAACACUUUUCAAAAUAUUGUCUUCAUGUUCAGCUGCCAAAAAGACAAACUUACGUGGACUUGAUAAUAUUGCUGCAGAUGGAAACACAGCUUUUGACCUUUUGAUUAAUUUAACAAAAGAAUUGGUAAACAUGGAGGUAUUAGACAGAGAUGAUUCAGAUGAAAUAUUGUCAAAGCUAAAAAAAAGUAAAAUCUACCUGAAAACAGACUAUAAGCUCCAUGUACAAAAGAAUGAUAGAUGUGCUGAUCACUGCAUUAACUGGGCAUUAAGUGAUACAAAGGAGAAAGAGUAUGCUGUAGAGUGUGACCACCUUCAUGAUCUAGUGUGUGACAGAUGUAACCUGCUACCUGAUGUCUUGCAAAUGUUGAUCGACAGAGUGAAUAAUACUUCAGUUUCUGUGUUAGGAUCAGCAGUUAUAAUUAUAGUGAAAGACAGUCAGGAAAGUCAUAUUGUGAUAGUAAGAUAG